AUGGCCUCGCCUGACCCGUUUGGAGGUCACAUGACCUGUGCUUCGUAUAUAAGCAUGAAUCCUGACAAGCGAGGCUUGGCCGCGAUUCGUCUCUCUUACAAUACCCUCCUAAUUCUCCGGAACCUUGCGCUCAGUGCUAUCCGGUGCGAGCGUCAUAAUCGCUCGCUUGGGCUUGAGCCAACAAAAAUUUGCUUAAUUCUCGACUUCAGCCUUCUUUUCGCUCUCUCCUUCAACCCCAGCUACUCCGUUGUCCAGGCUGCCAGCAUGGAAAAUGCUUUUUUUCUUUCAGUCGUCCUGCAGCUCAGCCUCCAUGAAAAUGCACUACUCUAUCUUUUCUUCGGCGGCUCCAUACUGAAUGAAGCAUUCAACAUGUUUCACCUCCUAUUGUUUGUCCCGGCCUUCUUCUAUUGUGCCUCAGCCCAUCACCUGGUUUUACAGAAUAUCACAAUUAAAGUCCCGCAAGGAAGCUCCAAUCAUGGCGACCCCCACCUUCUUUGUCGACCCAGAAAAGCGGCUGAUGUUGCUGCUUUCUUCUUGGGAAACUAUGUAGCCCAUGCAGCUACGUUAAAGAAUCUACCGGGCCAAUCUAUCUUCCAGUCUUUUUUAGACCUAAUUUUCGCUCUCUUUUUCCCCGUUUCUGGCGUCAUCAGGGGGUUGAACGCCAUUUACGGGGCUGUUGCUUUCCGCGAAACCCCUCUUACCAGUACCCUAAUGGCUGGCGCUCCAUGCGAAGUUGUGAGGACUGAUGCAUGGGAACCAGAACCGGAAGAUAAAAUUCGGAAUUUACGAAUCAUCAAACCAAUCGCGAACACCGGCGCUCAAUCCGAGGACCUUAAGCACAACUUGGAUGAAGUCUCAAACGACAUCGAAUCAGAGCAACUUCGAUCUCGCCAGUUAUCUGGAGAUGAACAGCAGGCUCCAAUCAUUCUCAAGGUCAAGGACAACGACUGCAUCCUCCUUCAUGGCACACCUCAUUUUGAUCCUGCCGACAGUUGGGCAACAAAGAGAGGGCGACAAGUGCACGGAAAUUGUCAACUACCAAAAGUCUAUGCUCUUGCUAUUGUACCCCCAAGUGCGAAAGUACGGGAAUUCUCUCCUUGCAAAAUGGAGGUAUACUGUCGGAUAUUUGUUGGAUAUAUGCUUCGGGCUACACCAUCAACCGAAACACAACAAGAUGAAGUCAAGGAAUCUCUGAGUCGGUUGAAAGCUUUUUCCAAGAAGCUACGCAACCGAUUUCCGUACCCAAUGUCACCAGGCCCUCAUACAACGGGAUCAUCGCAGUUAAGUUCGUACCACAGCGUCUCUAAAGGUGUGAUUGCCAUAUUCCAACUUAUUUUCGCUUCAUACACUUUUGUCCGAACAAAAGGAGACCAACUGGAUCGCUAUGGCUACGCGGCGUAUGGCUUGACUGUGGCCCCCUACCUGAUUAUGUCAUUCAUCAAUCUCGUCAGUGCCAUAUUCAGCCCUGAUUACUCACAUGUGUACCUGGUCUCAUCAGAAGCCAUGGAAGAAGCUCGAAGGCGGGCCGAUGGUCAUUUUGAGGGUGUCAUUUGGAUUAUAGAUGUCGGGCAAGACACCUUACUAAAACCUUCCGGAAUUCCUAUCAAUCUGUUUGUAUCAACAUUUGGGCGAUCGCGUGAUUCGACCUAUAUAUUCGAAAUGGACACCAGCCACUUCGAUGUGAAAAGCAAAUUUGACCUAAUACGACUUUUUUCAAUCUUGUCCCGCAUGGCCGACGAUGGAAGCCAGACAUGGGUACUAAAGCUACUGUCCAAGGGGCUCGACCACUAUCUCGCGUACAAGGGUCAUAAACAUCGAACGCAAAUUCUCAUUCCUUCCACCUCGAAACCGAAAGAUCCGAAAGACCAGUUACGUGACCGCUUAUAUGACUCGUAUCUCACAAUCGCAAGUGGACUUAUAGGGUGUCUAUCGUUUAUUGUUAGCUCCCCAGCGCAGCUAGGCUUUGUUUUGUCCUGGCUGGUUACGGGGAUUCUUAUCGGCCCACUUGUCCAUUUCUUCCCAUAUUUUUUCAUCUUGGAGAGACCGAAUAUAGGCAUCCUUCGGAAGUUUGCAUUGCUACUGUACGCAGCCCCUGCUAUUGGAGGAAUGGUUGUUGUCGGAAAGAUGAUCUGGGAGUUUUCGUCAACAUGCGGAUUCAUAGCCGCGGGUCAUGCCUUCACUUCUCGGAAAAUAUAUAUUCCGGCUUCAUUUAUUCCUUCAAUCAUUCAUUUCUUUCAACCCUUCAUCGAAAUAAAUACGCUGCGCCUUGAAAAGCUUCACACCGCUCCGCUGUACCCACGUCAUCAAGGCUUCGUAGCACCGACGCGGCUUGCGCGACAUUCAACUUAUCCAAAUUAA